AUGUUUUUGUCGCUAAGGUAUAUUUGUAGCGUAUAAACUAUGUCUUUUGUACAUUUUGUACACACACUUCUAAAUGUCCUCACACGCAAGAUCUCCGGCAUUUCUGUUAUUGCUUGAUAAGAAAUAUAACUUAUAAUUAUAAUUUUUAAUAUAUUUAAUAUAAUUUUUAAUAUAAUUAUGAUAUGUUAAAUAUAACUUAUAAUUUUUAGUGCAAGGCUGUAAUAUUAAAGCAACGAAAUACAUUCUUCUGAAUAUGACUAGUGAAUGACGUUGAUACAUGUGCUUAUUUAUAUAGUUAUAUUUUUUCCAGAAAGCUUAUAUUAUACGUGCUUAUUUACAUAGUUAUAUUUCUUUCAGAUUGGGUAACUAAAACGCCAUAAGAUCUAUUAUGUAUAGAGUUAUAUUAGGCAUAAAGUAAAAAAAAAUGUAAUGACUCCGAAAUUAAUAAUUCUUGAAUCUACGUAUUUGCUUGUCUUUAUGAGUACUAUUUGAACAUCCUGAACAAAUAAUAAUUAAUUAAAAAUAAAUAAUUAUUAAGUAAUUAUUAAUUACAUAAUUAUUUAACAUUUAAUUGUUUUCGCUUUCGUGAACGAAAUAUCUUGUAACAAUUAUAUCGAUUGCGCAGUAUCAUUAACGAGAUAUUUCCCUUUAUAAUACUGCUUGUGUAAUGCUAUUGAUGAGUUAUCAUAAAUUAAUAAAUGCAUAAAUAUGUGCAGUGUAAUCGUCAGUAUUAACACUACUGCUGUCUUCCAUACUUUCAAACAUCUUUCUCCUUUUUUGCAACACUUUAUUUAUUAAAGAAGGUUGUAAAAUUAUUUCGAAUAUUAAACUAAAAAUUUCGAAUAUUAAACUAAAUGUUUUAAAACUACGUGUAUUUAAAAAAACAAUUCUGGUCAUAUAAAGGAGAAAUUACAGCAGAAGUAGCGUAAGCAUUUCCCGAUGAGAAAUAAAGUUUUAUUUAACCAUUUUUAUCUUCCUGACGUAAAAAUAAAUUAGUAAAAGUACGUUUCGCACGAUUGUUACGACGACGCAGAAUAGAAAAAUAAUACAGGGAAAAAUCUAAUUUUAAGCAAAAAAGUUAAUUAAGAUUCACAAAAUGUAUAAAAUAUCUACUGCAUUUUUUGUUUUAAAUAUUUUAGACUCGACGAAUAUAUGUGAAUUUUUAUGACUGACCGUAUCAAUGACAUUCAAAACUCAGAAAAUUUUUACUUCUGAGCAUAUUAAAUCACAUUAUUCUGACGUUUUGUUCUGUCUUGAUUAAUUUGAAUUUACUAUGUCCUCACCAACUUCCUUUUGGUUUUUUAUAUUUUCAUGUUUUUUUUUUUUUUUAUUAAAAUAUGUGAAAUAUAUGUUUUUAUAAUCGUUUAUUACUUUACAUUUAAAAAAAUUAUAUUCAUUAAUUUUUCUGUUUUACUUCCAAUAAAUUAAUAGAGUGGAUGAAAAGGCUAACCGUCAAAGAAAUAAAAAGAAUAAUAAUAAUAGAUAGUCCAAGAUGAACAAAGUGGAACAAAUUGUGCCGAAUUACUCGUAUGUCUUCAAUUUCGAAAAAAGCAUCGCAUACCAGGAUAUUCUACCAACAAUAACGGAUCAUUAUCCGACAUGUUUUUACUGCUGUGCCAUUUACAUCGCAUUGAUAUUCAGUGGAAAGCGUUAUAUGUUGAACAGACCAAGGUUCGAACUAAAAGGUGUACUUAUUUUAUGGAAUGCAUUACUUGCAUUGUUUUCCAUUUUUGGAUUUAUUAGGAUGAGAUCGGAAUUGUCUUAUAUAUUACACUAUGGAUUUGAUCAUAGUAUUUGUCUUAACAGUCUCGCACAAGAUCGGAUCAAAAAUUUUUGGUCGUUGAUGUUCAUUCUAUCAAAGCUCGUGGAGUUUGGCGACACAGUGUUCAUCAUACUACGAAAGCAGCCGUUGAUGUUUCUACAUUGGUACCAUCACGUAACAGUUCUUCUUUACGCGUGGUUAUGUUUCAUAGAGGAUACUGCUUACUCCAGAUGGAACGGCACAAUAAACUUUUUCAUUCACUCCUGGAUGUAUUCAUAUUAUACUCUGAAAGCAAUGCGAUUCAAUCCACCGAAAUGGGUAACUAUGACGAUCACCACGCUACAGAUCGUGCAAAUGAUUUGGGGUUGUUUCAUAACUAUUAUAGCUUAUAAUUAUGCAAGAAGCGGUGAAGUUGAAUGUUCUGUUACGCUGCAUAACGCUCAAAUCGGUCUACUGAUAUACUUUAGUUAUUUAAUUCUCUUUGUUAGAUUUUUCAUACAGAGUUACUUGCUCAAGAAACAUGAAAAAAAAGUGAAUAAAAGUGAGAAGAAAAGUGAGAUUGACGAUGGGCUCAAAGUUGACUGA